ACCGUACCUUGAUCGCAAUGUAUCUAGAUUCUUUGAAAGUAGGCCUCGUAUUUGGGUUCUCCUUCUAGUCAGGGGACGGCUCCAGCUAACCUGGAUGACGUUUUGUGAAUAGCGAGAACAUCCAAAAUGGAAGAGUGCUUUACUUUGCUGCGUUCCAAGGACAUCAUGGUCCGUCUUCAAGCUCUUUCAAAGGCUCAGAACCUGGUGGAACACCUGGAUUUAGGAGAGGUUACAGAGUUGACAGACAUUUCAUUAGACCUGCUGAAGGACAACAAUUUCAAAGUCUGCCAUGGAAUCCUGCUCGUUCUGACAAAAGCGGUUCCUAGCUCAGGAGAGCACUUCAAGCACCAGCUUAAUGCGCUUCUGCCCGGAGUUAUUGAGAGACUAGGCGAUGGGAAGCAGCCUGUGAGGGAGGCCGGGAGACGACUCCUGCUGGCCUUGAUGGAGGCACUUACUCCCGUCCUGAUAUUCGACAAGAUCGGUGACUCUGCCUGGGGGCACAAGAACUGGAGGGUCAAGGAGGAGUUCACCAGGACAUGCGCCGCUGCUCUGAGCUUGUUUGGACUCUCAAAACUGCCAGUGCACAAGCUGAUCCUUCCGUCGGUUCUCAAGCUACUUGAAGACUCAAACAGUGGUGUCCGAGAAGCGUCUAUGGCAUGCAUAGAGGAGCUGUUCCGGCACAUGGGGGGGCCGCUGCUGAGUGAGCUGCAGAGAUUCUCCAUCCGACCAGCCCAGUUGAAGGAUAUCACUGGACGACUCGAGCAGAUCAAACCUCCUCCCUCCGUCUCCAUCGCAACAAAGCCACUUCAACGAGCAGCGACCGCCCCCGCCACUGCCGGCAGGCAUCAGAGCCCGUCCAAAAGGGCACCGACAGCCGAAUCGCAUGGUCCCAGCCAAACGAACGGGGUUCAAAGGACGCUGGUUUUCGGCACUGGCCCGAGGACGGAGUCAGCAAAGUCGGCCUCAACAUCUGGAAGAGGCCUCACUGACGACGACGUGGCUCGAUACCUGGCCGCCACAUGCGAAAAGCCUGUCACUCCAAUCAAGAUCUACUCGGAGAAGGAGCUGGCCAAGGAAAUUGAGAAAGCGGCGACGAUCCUGGUGCCCGAAAAGGAUUGGAGCGCUCGCAUGACCGCUAUGCAGAGGCUGUGUGGCUUGGUUCUGGGAGGCGCUGCGGAGCUGGAGUCGUUUCCGUCCCUGCUGAAGCAGCUGUGGGAGCCCCUCGACACGCAGCUGGCGGACCGGCGGUCCAGCAUCGUCAAGCUGGCCUGUCAUCUGCUGAUGCUGCUGGCGCAGGAGAUGCACCUCGAUUUCGAGUCGAGCGCAGAGCACUUCAUGCCGAGCUUGUUCAAGCUCGUGGUCAUAACGGUCCUGAUCAUUGCUGAGUCGGCGGACAGCUGCAUCAAGACCCUUUUGUAUUUCUGCCGGUGUGCUCGCAUCCUGCCCAAGAUGAUCGACACUGCGAUGCGGGAUCGAGCGGGCGUACUGCGCACCAAGUGCUGCGGAUACGCUCUGCUUAUUCUGGAUCAGUGGCGGGAGGCUCCAGAGAUUCAGAAGACGGGGCAGCUGUUCGAGGACAUGAUCCGGUGCUGCGUAGGCGACGCCCUCAGCGAGGUCCGUGCCAUUGCCAGACAGUGCUACCAGGUCUUCGCCCUCGUGUGGCCAGACCGGGCGCGGCGACUCUUCUCGAGUCUCGACAGCUCUACACAAAAGUUGCUACAAGAGGAGCAAAGAGCCGGCCCGACGCCUCGUUCCCCGCCAGGGAAAGACAAACCAAGCCUUUUCAGACCACCAAGCGGAGCGGGGUCCAGAGAAGCGUCUUCGAGGGAGGCUACGCCCCGUGAGCCGGUAGGGACUCCGGCUUCCGUGCUGAAGGACCCUCCUUUGAGAACAGCAUCGAAUCCAGCUAACCUGAUUGCGGCCUCCGAAAAGGAAGGGGAUGCGGGGGGAUAUGCUGCCGGGAUGCAAAGAAGAAUAGCGGAAAGAGCGGGGCCCGGGCCGUACAGCACGCAGAGAAAAGAGGGGCAGCCGUCGAACGACCCGCUGAGGUCACUUACGGGGAUGCUGAAGUCAGCGAGCGCGGAAGAUCUCCUCGACGUUCACAAAGCGCGGGGGCCGCGCGGGCACGGGUUGAGUGGCCCGAUGAGGGUCGAUGCGGGUGGUAGAGGGCCCCCCAGAGAUGGACACGUGUCGGACGAUCCUUCGUUGCUUGGACCGUCAACCCCGCACUCGCGACUCGGGGGCCACGUCCUUGGAGGGGGGCACAUGGCAGCCAGGAGAGUGCCUCAGAGGGCCUCCCAGAGUGAGCGAGAUUCGGAGACCGAGUCCGUUCAGUCUGACGAUGCGCCAACAAAUCGGAACCCGGAACCCGCUCGACAGAUGGGCGCCAGGCGGCUCCCUGCGCAGCCACAGUUGCCGCCCCUCACUCCGGGGGGUCCAUCCAAGCAGGAGAACCCGCCCCCCGCCAAGGCGUCCCGGCCGCAACCCCGGACCAGCGCCACGUCGGCCAGCAGCGGGUCGUCGAGACCGCCCUCCAGCUGGGAGGACGUCAGCGUCUCGCGUCAGCAGAGCCGCAGUAGCGAGCAGGAUGACGUGUUUGGCGACGUGUGGGCGUUCUCGGAACCGGUCCCGCUGUCGGAGGCGUUGGCCUCAGGCGCCGACCCGGAGGGCACGUGGACCAACCGGGUGCAGGCGUUCCAGGCGGUGGUGACGUCACUGCAGCAAGACGAGAGCGGGAGCGAGGUGGCGGCAUGCUUCAAGAAGGUCAUGGGGCUGUAUUUAGCGCACCUGGGCGAGCAGCACCACAAGGUCGCGGCCGCCGCGCUGUCAUCCCUGGCGGAAGUCAUCAAGACCCCCAGCUGCUGCCGGCUGUUUGAGGGGUACUUGGAGCGCGUUCUCCCUCUCGUUUCUGGGCGCUUGAUUGACACCAAGGACAACAUCAGGCAGGCGGCCGCUCGCGUGCUCGAUGCUUGCCAGGAGGUUUACACGGGCGACGUCCUGUUGCAGCCCCUCAUUCGGUCGCUCGACGAGCAGCGGUCCGUCAAAGCAAAGGCAGCGGUUGCGGAGUAUGCAGCCACCGCGUUGCUGAAGCCGCCUCCAGGGUCAGGGGAGGGGACCUGGGUUAACCCGACAGUGCUCAAGCAUUGGCUGGCUAGGCUGGCGGCAUUGACUACCGAGAAGAUUGCGAAAGCGAAAGAGGCUGGUGCGAAGGCGCUGGUUUCGGUGUACGAGCACCUGGACUCGAACGCGGUGCUCACCCUCGUGUUGGGCUUGCCUAUCGAGGAGCAGGUGGCGCUGCGACAUUUGUUGAAGAAGUACACCCCGCGGAUCGACGAGGACUACAACCAGAUUCAGGCUCUGAGCAAGAAACGAUACAAGGUGGUUCCGUCGAACGGGGCGCCCGUGCAAACAGAUCUGCCAGCUGCCAGAGCGCCACGAGCAGCAUCACAGCGUUCUCGGCAGGAAGAGGACGUUCCUCCGGCCGCCCCGGAGUCCGACUCGGAGCCCGAAAUUGUGGACGACUCGCACUCUGAGCAGACCGCAAGGGAAAAGCGCGUCAAGCAGUGGGUCGAAGUCGAGGCCCGAAAAGCUCUGGCCGUCCCGCCGGAAGCUCUAGGGGUGCGCUCUGCCGGGAAGCCUACUGGGGGAACCUUAGAAAGUGUUGAGGAUCAACUUGCGGAGGCGGACGAGCGGGCGCUGGCGGAGUUGCAGCGGCGGCUGAGUGGUUCGGACCAGCAAGCUGUAUCGACGUCGAAUCCAAGCGAAGCGUCUGCCGGGCGACCGAAAGGCUACGCCGAAAUGUUUUCCGAACGGCGAAAGUCGUUAUCCGGUGCUGCGAAGGACGUUGCAGGCUCCUCGGGGGAGCCGCCCGCAGUUGAUUCGAACAGCCCCGCAAAGCAGACCCGACCGUCGAUUCGUCCGGCCAACGAUCCGAACGUGGGGAACGCCACGAAACUUCCGCCCCCCGGCGAGGUUGCAAAAGUUGUUUCCCCUGCGAAACGGGUGCCACAAGGAACGCCGAAGCGGCAGGCGGAACCCUCGCCGCUGGAAAAACUGGCCAGGGGGGUUUCGGCUGAGGCGAUCGAGGGGGGGGGUGCGCCGGUGGUUCGACCGGAAGCCCCUGUCAGAAAAGGCACACCGGUGAAGACCCCGCCAAAGGGGGGUACAGAUAACGCGAGAAAACCGGAAGGCGCCGUAACUGUGCUGGGCAACGGGGUGGCGGUGCAUCGGCUGGACAGCUUUGACUCGGAUAGCGGGAGUGAUAAUGGGUGGACGGAAGCGGAGGGGUUAGGCGGGGCCGGGCUGCAUGGAAAAGUCUUCCAGGAGCUCCCUGAUCCGACACGGAAUCAGAGGAUGGCUGCUCUCAAGGAUGUGAAGAAGGCGUGCAAGAUGGGGGAUGAUGCGCUCUGGGAGAAGCACUACUGGCACUUCUACCAGGUCGUGUUGGAAGCGUUGAACGACGAUGAUUCGAAUCUGAAGGAGCGGGCGUUGAGAAUGCUAGAAAAGAUGCUGACCAAACACGGCUGUGCGUCCGAUGACGUGGCGGUGAGCGUGGUGGAGAAGCUGGUGGUGGUCCACCGAGGCCGGACCGCCAGCGUCAGCAGGAGUGCAGAAAACUGCCUCGAGGCGGUGCUCGCGCAAGUCGACCCCGAGCGCAGCCUGCAGUUGCUGCAAGCCAUGUCCCAGUCGCCGGAGAACCGGACCAUUGUCCUGAGCAUCUCCUUAAAGCAGAAGGUUAUUGCUCGGCUGUCUGCAGAAGAGCUGGAAGCGCAUCUGCCGUCGAUCCUGCCGGAGCUGUUCAAGCAAUUCGGAAGCCCCUUCCCCGACAUUCGAAAGGCGGUGGUGCUGUGCCUGGUGGAGAUGUACAUGACGAUGGGGAACGAGCUCAUUCCCCAUCUAGCGCAGCUCUCAGACAUGCAGCGGAGACUGGUCUCGAUAUACGCCAAGAAGAUCUCGGAGACCCGCAGCAAGGAGAGGCAUGACAUGGAGGCCUCAUGACAGUGCCUGCAGUUGCCGUGUUUGGAGAGCCUACACUGGAUAAGUAUGCAUGUUGUCAGGCAAAGCCUUUAGGGUAAGGUGGGCGCCAGUACUUGGUUCUAGUAGCUUCGCAUACUCAAGUGUGCGUCAACAAUGGUGCACUCAUAGAUCAAUCAGCAGCGAAUGGUGAAUCUAGAUACAGUACUUACUCUGCUGAAUGGGUGUUUUGUUGGACCCAACGUCAGUCAUAAUUACCCAGCCAAUCAUACCGGCCAUUGCUGGCCUUCGGUAUAAAUCACUUCUGGUGGGCAGCGACCAAGCUGACGCCUACACUCUUCACC